AAUUAAAGGCACCAUUAGUAUUGGGUUUGACUCGGAUAUCUGUACAUCAGUUCAGUGGGUGAAGUGCUAUCGACAGGCGUGAUGAUGUUCCUUGCGGGCCUUUUCUUGUUGGCACUUUCCGGGGCCCCCCUUGUAGUCCGGGCGCAAGAGGACCUAUUUCCUGUUUCAAUCAUUCACAUGAAUGACUUUCACGCCAGGUUUGAAGGCACAGAUUGGUCAUCAUCUCCUUGUUCUAAUGAAGAUGAAUGUAUUGGCGGUUACGCUCGAGUCAUUACCGUAGUGAAACAGCUGUUCGAAGAUCUUAAGGAGUCGAACCCCAUUUACCUCAAUGCAGGUGAUAAUUUCCAAGGAACUAUCUGGUAUAAUAUUGGCCGAUGGAAUGUUACCCAAUACUUCCUUAAUCUGGUUCCUGCCGACGCUAUAACGUUGGGAAAUCAUGAGUUCGAUCAUGGUGUGGAAGGGGUUGUUCCAUUUUUAGAAACAAUCAAGUCACCUAUGAUUGUGGCCAACAUAGAUGAUAGCGAAGAGCCAACUAUGCAAGGCAAAUACAAUAAAUCUGUAAUUAUCGAUAAAUAUGGCAGGAAAAUUGGUGUCAUUGGGGUCAUAUUGCAGACAACAUACCAAAUCGCCAAUACCGGUAAACUCAAGUUUUUAGACGAAUCUGAGACAGUUAGGGCAGAAGCCGAACGACUAAAGAAUGAACAUGGCGUUGAUAUUAUCAUAGUCCUCUCGCAUUGUGGAUUGGAAGUUGAUAGAAUUAUCGCAAAAAAUGCAGGACCUCUUAUUGACGUCAUUGUCGGAGGACAUUCCCACACGUUUUUGUACACCGGAGAGAACCCACCAGGUCCUGAUACACCGAGAGAUGACUACCCUGUCGAAGUCAUACAAGAUGACGGCCAUAAGGUACUAAUUGUUCAAGCAUCCUGCUAUACAAAGUACCUUGGUAAUAUCACAGUAUAUUUCGACAAAGCCGGCGAAGUGGUACGAUACGAGGGUGAACCGAUAUUCCUUGCUCAUGGUAUCCCCGAAGAUCCCGAUAUUGUGAAUGAACUGGCGCCUUGGAAAGUGGACAUUGACGCUAUUGGCAAAAGGGAAGUUGGCAAAACACGAGUGACGCUCUCAAAGAGCGACUGUAAUUAUGAGGAAUGCAAUCUGGGAAGUUUCAUAAACGAUGCAUACACUUACUCGUAUAUAAAGUCAACGCCAUAUGAUCAUCCUUAUUGGACUACUGCUGCUAUUUCCGUGUGUAACGUCGGAGGAAUUCGAACAACACUUAACAAAGGAGCUCUUACCUAUGCUCACCUUGUCACCACUAUACCCUUUGGAAACACAGUGGAUUCGUUCGACAUUCGUGGCAAAUACUUAUUGGAGGCGCUUGAAUAUUCUGUUGAGAAGUCAUACGAUGAGGGUCAAUUCAGUGCAGCAAAUAUGCUUCAAGUAUCUGGGCUGCGAGUGACGUUCAAUAUUACAAAACCAGUCGGAGAACGUGUCGUGGAAGUCCUUGUACGGUGCCAAAAAUGUGAAAUUCCAGAGUAUGAACCACUGGAAUUGAAUAAAAGCUACAGAGUAGUGACAGGGUCAUUCUUGUCUGGUGGCGGAGACGGCUUUACCAUGUUUAGGGAUUAUAAGGAGAAUACCAUAAUCGGGGAAGUCGAUAUAGAUGUAUUUGAAGAGUAUGUUCAGAAACAUUCGCCAAUUACAGCCGCGGCGGAUGAACGAAUUAUAAUUUUACGUUAAAAUGUGUUGUAUUUUACAAAUAAAGAACGAAAUAUAAUCUACAUAGCUACAUAUCGAAUUUUAUACAAAGCAUAAAGGUAUUUGCUCUCACCAUCCUGAUAUAGAUGAAGGAAUUUGUUUAUCAAUACUCCAGGCUUUUAUAGAAAA